AUGCUAAUCAAGAUUUCUACAGAUGUCCAGCCACACACUGAGGCAACAAUCAAGCUCAAGGGUCUUCCCGAAGAGUUUAACGGCGAAACUUAUAUAAGAAUCAGCUUUAAAAUCAGGGAAAGCACAGAGUGGAGCCCAGCCGGAACCGAAGUCGCUUUCGGGCAGCAUCAGCUUCGUGGACCCGAGAGCCUUGCCACGAUUCAAUCUCUGUUGCCGGUCUUGUCUUCCGUACCAACUAUCAAAGUAGCCUCUCCUGGGCUUCUGCAAGUAACGAGUCCCGAUGGUUCUUCCGUAUGGGGCGUUGACCUUAGUCUUGGCACCCUCUCAAGCUGGCAAAAGACGGGAGGACCCGGAAGGCAGCUCACAACCAAGCCAUUCACUAUCGACUUUUACCGUGCCGUCACGGACAAUGAUGGAGGCUGUCACUUUGGACGGAAUUGGCGGGACCGCCGACUUCACCAAACCAAGCACCACGUUCGCCAGGUAAAUUGGAGUGUCAAGCCAAGCGGGCUUGUCAUCGAGAUUACCGGCCGAAUUGCACCUCCCGUGCUUGCCUGGGGUGUGGACACAAAGCUUACGCUCACUUUUGGCCACGGAGUCCACAUCAAGCUCACUGCGAAGCCACACGGGCCCCUGCUCCCCCAGACGUUUGCUCGAGUUGGACUUACCUUUGGUCUCGAGGGUGUUGAAGAGGUCCGUUGGUUCGGUCGCGGACCAGGGGAGAGCUACUCGGACAAGAAGAUGAGUCAAGCCUUCGGUUUGUGGCAGUCGACUGUUGAUGAUCUUUUUGUGGACUAUGAGUAUCCCCAGGAUGGAGGAAACCGCACAGAUGUCCGCUGGGUCGAGUUCCUUGGCAAACCCGAUGAGGGCGAAUCGGCCGACGUGGGCUCCAGGAAGCGGUUGAUUCGCGCGAAGUUCUUGCGGGCCGGCAACGCUCCUCACUACCAACUGAAGACGGACCAGAAGUUUGAGUAUGAGCUCUUCCUUGACUGA